ACGAUAUUACAUGCGAGUCACAUAGAAUAUAAAGUAAUUCGUAUGUACGCGCCUUAAGCACAUACAACGUUUCAAAAUAAAGGGCAAACGCUUAACUCUAGGUGUCACGUCGGUCAAGAUCACCUAUCCGGUGAAAUAAGUGUAACUCUCUCUCUCUGCGAGCCGGGGUCGAAGCGAACGGUCGAUAUAAAGUCUAGUCCUGUCAUAUUCACAUUCUUAUAAUUUCGUUAACAUUUGGGAAAACAAAACAAGUAAAAAAAAAAAAAAAUUGAGACGACGAUUCAUACAAGAAGUGUAACCCAACGGAAUCCCAAUCUUUCGGAGCCUGUGAGCCUAAAGAACAAAUCCAAAUAUCUGAUCGACGAACGACCACGCAGUAUAAUCGGUGAAGACCGAUUCUAUAAAAGGAAUAUCCAAGAACUUCAACAUCCAUGAUCAUCUACGGAGCCGUUAGGCCACCUCUCUUCAUCAGAGAUAUUCCGAGCUAAGUCAUCGUUUCAUUACUGAUUUGUAGGUGGAUUGUGCCACAAAUCUGUAAUAGCCUUCUUAAGUCAGUAUUUUAUAUCUUCGUCUGUUAACUUUAUUGUAAUCUCACCAUAAUUUAGAGUCCUUUGUCAGUAGAUUCAUUCUUUCACUAGAAUCAUUUUUAAAUUUGAAGCAUAAAGGAAAAGAGAGCCAGUCUUUCGUUAAUAUGGUACAAAAAUUUUACCAGAAUAAUUAUAUACAAAACGUCGGUAAUCGCUUUGAGUAAUUUUAACGUGUGAAUGAAAGAGUGAAUGAGAUUUUCUAUGAUUGCCUGUUCUUUUAAAAGGUUAUACCAAAACUCAAUAAAUCUGUGUUCUACAUUGUUUCCUCCUGAUUUAAUGUAUUUUGUUUAUUGAAUAUAUCUAGAUUUCUAAUAUAACAUAAAAUCAAAACGUAUCGGUUGAACCUCAAAAAAAAAAAACCGUUACAAAAUGGCGCCCGAACAUAAAGUUUAGACAUAAAGAAAGUAAACAUAGGAUUAAAUUUGAAACUUCGUCGUUGAAUGUUUGUAUGAUUGACCUUAGGUAGUAAUUGUAAGAAACAUAUAUUACGCGAUAAAUAGAAAUAUAAGAAUUUCAAAAGUACAUGGCACCAACGAUUAAAAGAACACCUGUUAAAACUAGGUCAAGGAUCACAAAUAAACCAAGGAGGUCAGAACCUGACAUAUCAAAAGCAGGCAAUAGUCAAAUACGAAAUAAUACAGGCGAGAUGGAGGGAGAACUGGAGCGUUUGAAGGAGGAAAUGGCGAGUUUCGCGGGUUUACGAAAUACGAUUGAACAGCUACAGGCACAACAAGCAACUAACGCACAGCUGGCAAACGAAGUCGCAUUGUUGAAGCUCCAGAACGAACAACAAAGACAGGCUCUUCAACAGAUACAGAAUCCAGUUCAACAACCAGUUACCAAUAACGAUCAAAUAUCGGUUAAAAUGUGUGAAGGAAGAGUGUAAAUUGUCGAUAGUCGAAAGUAAAUUAUCAGGUAGAGCAAAAAUAUGGUGGGAAGCGAGUAAAGAAACUAUCAACACGUAUAAUGAUUUUAAAGAAGCCUUUAAAAAUAAAUUUUAUUCCAUUCCAAUCCAAGUUAAAGUCAAAACAAAGUGGAGUUCAAGAAGGUAUAAUCAACAGGAUGGUUCACUUCAAACAUAUUUUUUUAAACAGCUUAAGGAAGCAAAAUACCUAUUACCGAAACUAGACCAGUUCGAAAUAAACUAUACCAUUAUCCAACAAUUACCAUAUAAAAUUCGUGAUACUCUAGCAACUGUGAAUAUGGCGGAUACAAAAAUAAUAGAACAAGCUUUAUCGCAAUUAGAUGUAAAUUAUGAAGAAAGAAACAAUAAUAAACACAAAUAUCAAAAUCAAAGUAACAACAAUCAAGUGAAUAAUGUAAACAACAUGCAAAUUCAACAUAAACAACAGCAACAGAUAAAUAAUACAAGUAGGCAACAAAAUUAUCCAAAUGCUGCAAACAACUUUUAUCAAAAUCCUCAAUUUGGUACAAACUUAUCACCAUGGCAAUAUCAACCGCAAGUUCAAGCAUCAACAAGCAACCAAAUGAAUUUACCAAACGUCAAUUAUCCACCACCUUAUUUCUCAGGAACCAAUAAUCAGAUACAGUCAUUACAAACUCAAAUGCAAACUAACACCAAUAAUUUACAAACCAGUCCAAAUAGAAAUUUAAACUAAUAAACAGCUCGAUGUGUAUAAGUCCGACAUCGAGUUGGGAUUAUGCAAAUUUAGUUGAGGACUUAAUGCACGAAAUUGGUAAUGCUGAAGAAAAAAUUGAAAGAGUAAAACAAAACUUAUCGAAUGGUCCAAAUGUAGUAAUAAAUGUGUUAAAUUAUCGAAUGGUAGCUUUAUUUGAUUCAGGAAGCCAAGUAACAUGUAUGUCUGAAAAAGUAUAUAAAUCUCUCAAAGGUAAUCAUAGUUUAAAUGAACUACCAGUUACAAAUGUAGUAGUUUUACCAGCAAUUGGGAAAAAGCCCACAGCGGUUAAGCGACAAAUUUUGGUUGAUGUUCAUAUAGGAUCGCAGAAAAUCACAACAGCUUUUUUAAUUAUACCGCAUCUGUCUAGUAGUGUGAUUUUUGGUAACGAUUGGCUUGAUAUUAAUAAAGUAGUUUUAGAUUACGGUCAGAAAACAAUUAGUAUUAAAGGUAAAGUAAUAGCUCCACCACUUUUCUCAUACGACCGGGAACCUGCGGAAAGGUUGAG